UACUCUUUUUUAAUCCCAAAACCCUAAACUCAUAUUCGCUCCUCUCUCUUCUCUCCCUCCCCUCCCCUCCUCUGUCUUGCUCCGUGGUUCUCUGUGCGUGGCGCUGUGAAUUAGAGGGGGAGAAGUGACCUAGGGUUUGUAGCAGAUGGCCGGGGACAAGGGCAAGAAGCUCAAGGUUGGAGAGGAAAACGCAGAGCACAACAUUGACGGAGACCUAGUCCUCUCCAUCGAGAAGUUGCAGGAGAUCCAGGACGAGCUUGAGAAAAUCAAUGAAGAAGCAAGUGAUAAAGUAUUGGAAGUAGAGCAGAAAUACAAUGAGAUACGCAAGCCUGUUUAUGACAAGCGGAAUGAUAUCAUCAAAGGGAUUCCAGACUUCUGGUUAACUGCUUUUUUGAGUCAUCCUGCUCUUGGUGACCUUUUGACAGAAGAUGACCAGAAGAUAUUUAAGUAUCUAACUUCACUUGAAGUGGAAGAUUUUAAAGAUGUGAAGUCAGGUUACUCUAUUACAUUUAAUUUCAACCCGAAUCCAUACUUUGAAGGCACAAAGCUAACAAAGACUUUUACCUUCCUUGACGAAGGAAUAACAAAAAUUACUGCAACUUCAAUUAAGUGGAAAGAGGGCAUGGGAAUUCCCAAUGGAGUUGCUCACGAGAAGAAAGGUAGCAAGCGGCCUCAUGCAGAUGAAAGCUUCUUUACGUGGUUCAGUGAAACUGAGCAGAAAGAUGAUAUGGAUGAAAUUCAGGAUGAGGUCAAUUUGUUGCUUUUGCAGGUUGCAGAGAUAAUCAAGGAGGAUCUAUGGCCCAAUCCACUCACUUAUUUUAACAAUGAUGCUGAUGAAGAAGAUGCCGAUGGGGAAGAAGGUGAUGAAGAGGAAAAUGGCGGUGAUGGUUCGGAGGAGGAUGAUGAAGAGGAUGAGGAAGAGGACGAUGAUGAGGGUGAGGAUGAGGAUGGAAACUGAACCACAUCAGCAACUGUCCUAUUUAUUUUGGGGUUUCACUGCUUCAAUAUGGCUUUGUAUAAAGGGGGUUGAUGAAAGUCGGAAAGGAACCAAACAGGUGGAUUGCCUGCCGUGGUAGCUGGGUAGGGGUAGACAUGCACGUGCUACCAUAUUAUUAUCAGUUAGAGGGUGGUGGUGGUUGUAUUUUAUCGUAAUUUUUCUUCUUCAUUUUAAGGCAUUAUCUUCUUGUUAACUGAGUAGGUUUUUAUGGACAUGGGUUUGUCCUCCCUUCCUGGUGUCUGUAGUAGGUAAAAUGAAUUGAUGAGAGGGUAUUCUAGUAUUCUAGCAUUUUCAACUUCUAUAAUAUGGAUGAACUGCUUUGGGAGGAGAGAGUUGAAUUGAACUGCUGCUGUAUGUAAACCAAAAAGAAAAAUAUGCUCCUUAUAUGACUUUGCUUUAUGGAGAUUUUUAUGUCAGUAUCUA